GGCACCAGGGGAAACCCACUCCCACUUUAGCCGCCCCUGGGAUGCCCCUGUUCACUGAGCAUCCUACCCCACUCUCUCUGGCCUUUUGGACUGGGUCUAAGGUGUCAUCCACCCAGGGCAGGCAGGGUAUGGCCUUGUGGUUAGGGGCAGGGCCUCGUGUUCAGGGCACCUGUUUUAAACUUGAUUCUGCAUGGCAUACAAGUGACCUUUGGUUUUGAAAGCCAUUGUUGUUGUUUCUUUUCCUUUUGAGAUAGAGUCUCACAUAGCCUAGGCUGGCCUUGAACUAGUGCUCCUCCUGCCUCAGCCUCCCCAGUGCUGAGAUGACAGGCAUGCACCUCAUGUCAUUUUAUGCUGUGAUUUGGAUGGAACCCAGGGCUUCGAAUGUGGGAGAUGGCCUCGCUCUAGCUUAUGCCGGCUACAGCCUGCAGCAAUCCUGCCCCAGCCUCCUGAGCGCUGAGGUAUCCAGGAGUGGGCAGCAUGCACUGCCACGUCCAGCACCACUUGGAUUCCUUUGCCUCCAACGUCCUUGGUUUGAUGUUGCCCAUAUCCACUGCUGGGUCUCAGGGUUUAAAAGUCAGCAAAACCUGUUCCUUCUCGGGAAUGAUGGGAUCCAGCAAGCUCCAGCUUCCCCUUGGGUCUGAUGCUCUAAAACCCAGAUUGGCUAUAGCUGUGCCUUUUCAGGUUGGCCUUCCAAGAAGGGGAGUCCCAGCCCUUGGCUAUCGCCUAGACUCCCUUUUCCUGUUUUGAUGCUGGCUCAACCAGGCCCGGAGACAAGGGUGCGAUGCCUUAAUCCUAACUGAAUCCGAGAUGGAUGGAAGCCCACUGACUCUUCCAUCUGCCAUGAGCCCUUCCCGGUCCUGAUUGGCCCCACAUGGCCCACACUCUAGGGCAUGACCCCUCAAGAGACUCUCUUCUGGUGUCCCUGCACUUCCCAGCAAAAGCAGGUGGGGUGGGGACACAGAUUGGUGGCUAGCUCUGGGCUUUGUUUCUGGCCGGUGGUGGGGCAUUCAUAAAUCAGGGGCAUCCGGAAAUGGAUCUAUGGAAUGUCUGGGUGGGUAAGCCAUCAAUUCUUAGGGGUGAGGAUGUGGGGACAAGGUGGGUGGAACCCCAGUGGCUUCCCUAAGCCAUGGUGUUGGCAGUGAGUUUAAUCCCCAGGACAGGCAGUGAAUAAAUUGAGGGGACCAGGGUCUUAGCAUCCUGGGCCCUCCCUGUCACAAUGGCUGCAGGAAGACUAACACUCAUGUUUCUGCUGCUCCUGUCCUUGCACCUGGGCCUCGGGUGGGGCUCUGAUCCUCAAAGGGCUGCAACGGCAGAAGAGCUCUUGUUUGAGGAGAUGGCAGAGACUGGAGGGACCUGGAAGCCCCAGGAGGGUAACAUCCAUGUCCGCCUUUCAAGAGCUCUGGCUGGUCCAUGCCAGCUGUGGAGCCUGACACUGCCGGUGGCUGAGCUGGGCCUGGGCUAUGCCUCAGAGGAGAAGGUCAUCUUCCGAUACUGUGCUGGCAGCUGUCCCCGAGAGGCCCGUACCCAGCACAGCCUGGUGCUGGCCCGACUGCGUGGGCAGGGUCGGGCCCAUGGUCGACCCUGCUGCCGGCCCACCAGCUAUGCUGAUGUGACCUUCCUCGACGACCGUCACCGCUGGCAGCAGCUGCCUCAGCUCUCAGCAGCUGCUUGUGGCUGUGGUGGCUGAAGGUGGCCAGCUCUGUGUCUCAGAAUCAGAAGCAUGAGGGAACCUGGGCUUUGAAGGGCUCAGGUAACGUUUAUUAGAAACUUGUCUAGGUGAAGAAGAGAAGGAAGAGACCCGGGACUGAGGAUCAGCAAUUAAUGCAAUAAAAGGAA